AUAGGUUUACACCCAAAUGCGUUUGUCUGUAAUUUAAGCAUAUCAUUUAUUUACGCCUCGCGCUGUGUGGUGCAACAGAAACGAAGCUCACAGUUGGUUUCUAGGCAACGGUGGGAGGGACAACAAAGUUGCAAGUCAAAAAAAUCCCAAACUAUCGAGCUGUUACAUUCCAUAAGACUCAUCUGGAUACUCUGGAAAUAUGCCACAAGAACGAGAUCCGUUUCCAUUCCCGCGAUAUGAAAACGACUAUACAUACACAGGGAAUAAGGCAAUUCAGAAAUUGCCAUAUGACAAGCCAACCCAUCUCGCCCAAAAUGAUGAACCCUGGAGGAGACUCCAUAACACGACAACACUGGCCAGCUCUCAUCGAAAUGUCUUUCAUUAUGAUACUACAACACCAAAGGACAGUCUGGACAUUCAUCUAAAAUCGACCUACGAUCAUCAUCUUGGAUUAUUUCAAAACAAAAGUCAAACCGUGAUGCAGAUGGAAAGUGUUGCAUUGGAUAAUGCGCUUAGUAAGUCUGAAUCUCCGAGCCAUUGUAAUGCUUUUUCACACAGGACACUGAAAAACAGAGAAUCAGAAGAUUCAGUGUCUGAGACCAACAACAAAGGAAUAAAAGUGUGGGUCGACCCCCAGAAAGCCUCUAUAUACAGUAUUAAAGGGUCCAUAGAGUCUCAUCACACCGCUUCUACAAACCGAGGUUACUCACGUAAGCAUGAUGGCGGUUUUUAUUCUACGUAGCACAAUACAAAUGCAGCCUAUACAAGUAAAGAUGACCACCUGUAUUUCCAGUUGGAUGUUAAAUAAUGAAUCUCCGCAUUUACAUGUACUAAGGCUCGAAAAAUAAAAGAAACGAAGACAA